AACAUGGUAUAAAAAUUAGUGCUGGGAUAACCCAGCUUAUACCUUAAACCAAACUACCCCUUACAGUUAUAUACUUUUUUUUUUGUCCAUAAUUUGAGAUCCUUUCUUUACACAAAAGCAACUAUAUUCAUUUUUUCUUCUUUCUCAUUUUUAUUCAAAAAAUUCAUUAUAGUUCUUUAAACCCCUUUGAAUCAUUUCUCUCAUAGAUAGAAGAUCACAAGUUUAUCUUGUUCUUGAAAUACCUUCAAAUUGUUAAACCCCUUUGAAUCAUUUCUCUCAUAGAGGAUUCCAAGUAUUUUGAAGUUCCCAAGUUUCUCUCAUUUACAAGUUCAGCAAGCAUUUUGAAGAUCCCAAGUUCUCUUAUUGGUAAUUUAGCUUCUGGGUUUUCUUCCAUUUAGAGUUCAACAAGCAUUUUGAAGAACCCAAGUUUAUUUUUGAUAAUUUAGCUUUUGGGUUUCUCCCAUUUCAAGUUCAACAAGAAUUGUGAAGAAAAAUGUUGGGAGAACUCCUCACAAGCAGUUUAGUAUUGGUUCUUGGAUAUGCAUAUCCUGCUUUUGAAUGUUAUAAGACUAUUGAGAAGAACAAAGUUAGUAUUGAAGAACUCAGAUUUUGGUGCCAAUAUUGGAUCAUUGUUGCUUUGUUAAGAAUAUUUGAGAGCAUUGGUGAUGUAUGCAUGACAUGGCUACCAAUGUACAAUGAGGCAAAAUUGGCACUUAUAAUAUACUUAUGGUAUCCAAAAACAAAGGGAACAGGAUACAUAUAUGAUACAUUACUGAAACCAUAUGUAUCAAAGCAUGAACCAGAUAUUGACAGAGGUUUUCUAGAGUUCAGAGCAAGGGCAUUUGACUUGGCCAUUUAUUACUGGCAAAAUUGCACUGAAUUGGGACAGGCAAAAUUCUUUCAACUGCUUGAUUAUGUAGCUGCACCAUCUAGAAGAAGUUCACAGCUCAGUUCUGAGCAAAGAAAUGGUACUGACCAUUCCCGCAGACCGCCACCUCCUUCGGCCCCACCAGCACCACCAUCAUCGUCGUCCUCCUUCGGGUUAUUCAGGAGGAAAAAGGAGCCAUCCGAUAGACGGCAGCCACCACCAUCACCGCGGUCAAACAGAGGGCAGCCACCACAAUCGCCACGGUCUUACUUUGCCCACGGGUCCAUCUUUAAUCCUUCUAAACCGGAAACGGUUCACGUGCACCCGGAGGAUCUUUACCUAGACCCGGACUAUCUUGAUUCUUGAACCCGGUUCAGAUGCUGCCCGGUCCAAAUGUAGGCACUCCAACUAAGGCAUCAGUUAGUCAAUCAAUAGUUUACUAGUACUAGAAAUAGUAACAAAUUGAUUUACUAGAAAUAGUAUAAGAAAUUUGUACAUUGUAAUUUGUAAAUAACCAAAAUGGAAGACAAACACUCAGAUUUUUUUAAAAUGUUUAUUUAUUGAACUUUUUUCCUGCUC